AUGGCCUACCUCGCCCGCACUCUCCGAAAAAGGGUCUUCAACCCCUCCCUACCCCAAUCCAUCCGCCAGACCCGAGCAAUAAGCACAACAACCCUCCAAUCCACACCAUCCACCUGCACAGCACGAAACACACCCCGAACAAACAAAACCAGAUACUCCCUCCCCCACCGAACCUACCACUCAGCCCUCCAUGCCAGGCUCCCAGACCACUCAUACACGAACUCCCAAACAGCAAUCCUAACCUCAGCGCUAGCCCACGUACCCGCGCACGGCUUCACAGCCACAGCACUGACCCUCGGCGCGCGGGACGCCGGCUUCCUGGACGUCUCGGUGCAGCUAUUCCCGCGCGCCGAGUUCGACCUCAUCCUGUUCUGGCUUGCUAGUCGACGGGGUCUGCUGCGCGGUCAUGUCGAGGAGGGUGGGUUAUUCCGGCGCAUUGCGGCGGAGAAGGGGAAGGAUGUUCAUGAGCUUACUGUUGAGGAGAGGGUUCGAGGACUGCUUUUGGAGAGAUUGAGGAUGAAUGCAGAGGUUAAGGAUGUUUGGCAGGAUGCUCUCGCGCAAAUGUCCCUUCUUGCUAAUAUCCCCCUCUCUCUUACGGAGCUGCACGCCCUUGCUUCGGAUAUUCUUACUCUUUCUGGUGACGACGCUGUUGAUGCGACUUGGUACACGCGCCGUCUAGCGGUGUCAGCUAUCUAUGCCAGUGCUGAGGUUGUCAUGACCCGUGACCCGACGCCGGAUCUUGUGGGGACGGCGGCGUUCGUGGAGCGUCGGUUUGAGGAUCGGAACGCGAUUGCUGAUAAGCUUACUGGUAUUGGACAGUGUGCUGGAUUUGGGUGGAAUACUGCCAUCGGGCUGGGGCGAAGCUGGGGGUUGAAGAUUUGA